UACACUUGAAGGAGUUGAAGCGCUUAAUAAACAAUUAUUUCUUGAGGAUGUCCAUGGCAAGGAGUGGCAAGCCAACCACAAAAAGAAAACAUGACAAUGAUACCCCGAUGGCAGCAACAUUACCUUCGCCAGCCAAACAGAGAAUGGUGGUGACCCCUUGGCGAGACACCACAGAGUUCAGCACAGUUUACGAUUGGUUGUUCUCGAAGCAGACGACAACUGCAAAUCGUCGCAAGGCGCUCAGCCAAAUGCGUAUCUGGAGUCUGCGCCGCGGUAGCCUUUGUCCAGCUGCUGUGCUGGCCACUGGAGUGCUGAUGAAGGCGCAACUGGAGGAUAAACAGGGCAAUCCCAACAUAAGGACAACGUAUGCUAGCUCAUUUACGCGCUUCUUCAACUUCAUGUCGUCGAUCAUGCAAAGCCAUAACAUGACCAGCAUGUACAACACGGCCCGCCAACUGGGCCUGCAAUCCUUUAUUGUAGAUUUGAGGCAUCUGUGUGCUCACGGACAGGAGUUACCGCCGACGGCUGUUCUGCGCAACACGGCCGAACACUGUGUGGAAUGGCUGCGUAACUUUUACUGGCUGCCACAAACUGAGACAAUGAACAAUUUGGAUGCACCAAAGUUGCAGCGAAAAGAUAUGGCAAAAUUUGAAAAGGAAUUGGGCAUCCUGUUUGAAAUGUACGAUUUGGCCUUGGAGUGCCAGCUGAAGGGGGCGCAAAAGCUGAAGGAAAUCAAAAAACUGAGGACCAGUGCCGAGUUCAACAAGAUGCGAGUUUAUUGCUCUACAAAGAAACUGAAAACCACAAGCGAAAUCCUUGAUAAAGUGAUUACCGAACUGGGUGCGGCUGUGAAGCGGCAAACAUCAUCAAUGAAGGAUCUGCUGGACAUUUAUAUGGCUGGUGUUCUCCAAAUGAACUAUUUCCUUGGUGCUGGCCUCACGCACAGCGAACAGGAGGAGCUUGUCAUUGAGGCUACCCAGGACCUAUUUCGGCUGUUGGCCACGCAAGGUUACAUCGAGAAUGUGUUUGUGGCCUUCGUCCAAUUGACUGAGAAUCCAAAUGUCGAUGAGCAGAGGCGUCGCGGUGCAAGCUAUUGGGCCACAAAAAUGUUGCACACUUUUGGCAUGCUGAGCCGCAUGAAGCGCAUGUACAAAGAGGAAUUGGAUAUGAACUCAAAAGUCAAGGCUGUGGAUUUCUCGACCCUCAAUAAACCAAAGAUAUCGAAGAUCAUGCGCAGUCUGCUCAUCCACUCGGGCGUGGAUACGACUCUCACAUUAGUCUUUGGAGAGAGUACAAAAAAGCGACGAUCUUUGGUAUUUGAGCGUGAGUUUCUCAUGAGCAGACUGGGUCCCCUUAACAUCCACUCAGUUCCCAUCCUGAAAGGUUUGCUGCCACUUGUGGAUCCACCAUUAACAGACGAACAACUUGAGGACGUGACCAAGUUAAGUAAUAUUAAAAUGAAAACUAUGAAUGGGGCUACGAAUAUAAUUUCUGAUAAUAAGUCAAUGGAUAUAACUGAAAGCGAAUUCGAGAAUUCAGAGUUUGGCCUCUGGAAACUGGAUAAAGACAAUAAUUGGUCAAAAUGUGCGCUUGGAGUGCUGCCUACAAAAUGAAGUUAAGCAAAGUU